UGCUGUAAGUUUGGGGAUGAUACGCAAUAUUCUUCAUGUGAAAUAAUGAGGCUGAAUCCCUGCUUUAAAUUAAACAAAGUAAGAAAGAAUGCACCCUUAACUAUGGAGCCUCUUCCAGUAGGUCCAUAACAGUUACCCAGCCCACAGUCCCUGGGAGUCUUCAGCAGGGUGUGUGAAGGCACUUAGCUUAACUUCCCUUAUUCCCCGAAUUUCAUUUGUGAUGUUCCGCUGACAUCGCUGAUCAGUCCAGUCUAUAAAAGCCCCUUUUGGAGCGUUUGCAGUGUCAGAGUUGAAAAUUCAGCAGCUUUAUUCCCAUCGCAGCCUGUGCUCUCCCUGUCAUCAUGAAGGUUUCCUUCACCCUCUGCAUCCUCUUGGCUUUCAUAGAUGCAGGGAGCUCUCUUCAGUGUGAGGUUUGCCAUGAAAUAGGGGAGAGCUGUUCUGGCCCCAUGGAAACCUGCGAUACUGACAAAGAUACCUGUGGCAUCACAAAGCAUGAAGGUGUACAAGAAUCAAAGAGGAUUGUGAUAAUCCAAAAGUCCUGCCUGCACUCCAACAGUUGCCGAACAGACCCCAUUAGUGUGAACUAUGGGAAUGGAAUGACACAAAGGAGCGGAAUCACCUGCUGUGUGGGAGAAGCCUGUAAAACAGCAUCUGACCCAUUGCCACCAAUGAACACCGUGCCCAAUGGCCUGCAGUGCCCAGCAUGCUACACUGAGAAUUCUUACCAGUGUAGUGAAGACAUUGUGUAUUGUACCGGAGCCCAGACCCAGUGUUUUGAUAUGGCUGGGAAAAUAACCAUUGGCAUACUACCCCUAAAAACUGCAAGGAAGGGCUGCACCACCAAGUCUGAGUGCACUGCUCCAAAAGGGGAGAAAGGGUUCAACGUGGACAUUGUGAGGUUUGAGUGCCAACCAGCCUCCAGCAGAGGCCACAAGGCUCUUGGAUUUGCCCCUCGCGUCGCCGCCCUCCUCCUUCUACCCCUGUCAAGGCUUAUCUUGGUGCAGCUGCUUUCUUGAUCUUCCCUGCAGGUCUUGGGACACAUGCCCACAGUUGCUGGGCUGAAGCCACUCUAUCUGCUGCUUGCACAUGGAACUUUCUGCAGUUGUUUUUCCCUUGCUGGGACUCUCUGUUUUCUAUGGGAAUCUCUCUGCCUUAGCCUUUUUCAAUGAAGCCAAGAAAAAUCUUCUAGAUUUUUGAUUUAUUUAAGCUGGUGAAGUUUAAUUAUAUUGGGCAUCACGAUGGCUAGGCUGGGACCCAGCGAGACCCUGUGUGGAACCACUAGACCAGGGGUAGGCAACCUAUGGCAUGAGUGCCGAAGGC